AAGCCGAGCGCGCCACCGGACACAUCCAGAUGUUGCGUUCGAGGCACCGGGAGAAGUCUGGAGCUCCGGAGACAAACUUCCACAGUCCGCCGCGCAGGGAUGGGAGCUGCUAGAGCGGAUUAGAGGACGAACAGAGCAGAGGAGCCGCUCGGACAGAGGAGCAGUGCGCAACUUGGAGCUUCAAAAGUGCCUGAAAUGUUCGUUUUUACGCGCAGGGUUGGGCUGUAGUCGAGCGGGCCGGUGGUUUAAACUGAACUCUUCCUUUCCGUGCUGAGAGCGUGUUUUGGGGACCGACAUGGCUUUUGUUCACUUGCUCCUGUGCGCCUGGAUGUGCGCGUCCAUGUGCGGCGCGUUUUUCAACGGACCUCUUCAGCCGGAGAUGUCCAACGGGACUUUCCAUCACUACUUCGUGCCGGACGGCGACUACGAGGACAACGACGACCCGGAGAAGUGCCAGAUGUUGUUCAAGAUGACCGACGAGCGCAAGUGCGGUCUGGACGAGGACCAGGACGCGGUGAUCCGGGACGACUUCACCAUCAUCAAGCGGCAGAUCGAGGACUCGGCGCGGGUGCUGGAGGGCAUCGGCAAGAGCAUCUCCUACGACCUGGACGGGGAGGACAGCUACGGCAGGUAUCUGCGCAGGGAGACGGCGCAGAUCAGCGAGGCGUUCACAAACUCGGAGAAGUCGCUGCUGGAGCUGGAGGUGAAGUUCAAGCAGAGCCAGGAGAGCGAGCUGAAGGAGGAGCACCGGCUCAACGACGACUUCCUCACCAUGAUCGUGCACACGCGGGACGUGCUCAAGGAGACCGUGGACAUUUCUCUGGGCCUGAAGGACAAACACGAGCUGCUGUCGCUCAUCAUCCGCAGCCACGGAACCAGGCUGAGCCGCCUGAAGAACGAGUACAUGAAGUUCUGAGGCUCGAACUUUACGCAGGACGGUUGGACCAACUCCGGUCACGUUAGUUGGUAAAAGUCAACCAAGUUCAUCCAAGUUACCGAGUUGUAUCGAUGCCACAGGUUGAAGUUGGAUCUACUUAAAUCAUUCAACUUGAAGUUUGCUCAAGUAUUUGCUUUAAUCCAUGUUAAUUUCUGACACUAAUACAUUGUUGGACCAACUUAAAUAAACAGCGUCAGUCGAUGAAACUCAAUGAAAUUAAGUUCAUCUAACAAAUUGUCCUGAAGCCACAGGUGGUGCAACUUGAAGUUUGCA